AUGGAAGUAAAGAAUCAGACUGCAGUGACAGAGUUUCUCUUCCUUGGCAUCACAGAUAACCUCCAUCAGAAGAUUGUUCUCUUCAUCAUCUUUUUCCUUGUUUAUCUUGUCACCCUUGGGGGUAACCUGGGCAUGAUCAUUCUCAUAUGGGUGGACCCCAGGCUGCACACACCUAUGUACUUUUUUCUCAGCCACCUGUCCUUUGUAGAUGUGUGCUCCUCUUCUUCUAUAGCUCCCAGGAUGCUGUGUGACAUGUUUGCAGAGAACAAAGCCAUCUCUUUUAUGGGCUGUGCCGCACAGAUGUGGGUCUUUGGUCUCUUUGUGGCAACUGAGUGUUUCCUCCUGGCUUCCAUGGCAUAUGAUCGAUAUACAGCCAUCUGUAAGCCCUUGCUGUAUACACUCAUUAUGUCCCGGCAUGUAUGUGUGCUUUUGGUUAUUGGACCUUAUGCCAUUGCUAUUAUAAGUACAAUGACCCACACAAUAUUAACCUUUAGCUUACCAUUCUGUGGUCCAUAUAUUAUCAACCACUUUUUCUGUGAUAUUUCUCCAUUGCUGUCUCUAGCAUGUACUGAUACCCAGGUCAAUAAGUUGAUGCUUUUUACCUUGGCUGGAGCAGUAGGUGUAAUCAGUGGUCUGAUCAUCUUGGUCUCCUAUGUCUGUAUCUUCAUGGCCAUCUUGAAAAUUCAGACAGCCAAUGGGGGACAAAAAGCCUUCUCCACUUGUUCCUCUCACUUGGCAACUGUCACUGUCCUGUAUGGGACACUUUUCUUCAUCUAUGUUCGACCUAAUGCCAGUUCCUCCUUGAAUAUUAAUAAAGUAAUCUCCCUAUUUUAUACUGUUGUAAUCCCCAUGUUGAAUCCUCUUAUCUACAGCUUAAGGAACAAAGAGGUAAAAGAUGCCAUCAGUAGAACAUUGAAGAGGAAGCACUUCCUAAUAGGUUCUUAA